AUGCUGAGCUGCCUCGACGUCCCGGCGACCGACGCGACGGCGUCGGCGGCGGCGGCGCCCGGCUCCGUGUCCGGAGGGCCGCAGCCCGACCCUCUGCCCGCCGCGAGUUCGGCCGCGUCCUCAGCUGCCUCCUCGGGAUUCGCCGGUAGCGUCGGCGCCUCGGCCGCCGCCCAGACGCUGAGCUCGCGAGUGGUGCGCACCAAGUACGGCGACGUGAGCGGCCUCAUCGUGACGUUCGACUCGCGCCACCUGGAGCCGGUGGAGGUGUUCCGCGGGGUGCCGUACGCGUCGCCGCCCAAGGGCACGCUGCGCUUCAUGCCGCCCGUGUCGGGCGCGCGCUGGAGCGGCGUCAAGGCGGCCGACCGCUUCGGCCCCGUCUGUCCGCAGCGGCUGCCGGACAUCAGCAACGAGACGGCGGCGCUGCGGCGGAUGCCGCGCGGCCGCCUCGAGUACCUCAAGAGGCUGCUGCCCUACCUGCAGAACCAGAGCGAGGACUGCCUCUUCCUCAACAUCUACGCCCCAGCGCAAGGUAGGCUGCGCUGUGCUACCGUGCGGAGUCUCACCGCUUGUACUUGCCCGACGCCUGACUCUCACGCCGCGCACAGAUCUUUAGUGAUACCAUGA